UGUGGGGGAACGAUUAUCCGAUUUGAUCGGUGACAACCGAGAGGUCCCGUUAGUUGUAAACGCAGAGCGGAUAGGUUGACGUUUGUUUGCUAUUUACAGUGUUAGAUUGUGCAUUAUUCUACUUUUAUUAUCAGGGGGACAUCUGUGUCGAGGGAUAGGCUACAGUAUGUUUAUUUUAUUUGGAUGAACUGAGCAGCCAGCAAGUUCCAAGAAUUGGAUCGCCGAGGAGCUGAACCUGCCGCCUGCGAGCCUAUGAUCCGGUAUAUUUAUCAGUCUAUGAAGCCUACUGUAUGAAAAUCAAGUAUGUCAGGAAAACAUUUUAAAGGCCAUGAAGUCAGUUGCUGCAUAAAAUAUUUUAUUUUUGGAUUUAACAUAAUAUUUUGGUUGCUGGGUGUGGCCUUCCUUGGAAUCGGACUAUGGGCAUGGAAUGAGAAGGGUGUUCUCUCCAACAUCUCGUCCAUCACAGACCUGGGGGGCUUUGACCCUGUCUGGCUCUUCCUGGUGACGGGAGGGGUCAUGUUUAUCCUGGGCUUCGCCGGCUGCAUCGGAGCGCUGAGGGAAAACACCUUACUGCUCAAGUUUUUCUCUGUAUUCCUGGGGAUCAUCUUCUUCCUGGAGCUGACGGCUGGAGUGUUGGCCUUUGUCUUUAAGGACUGGAUCAAGGACCAGCUCAACUUCUUCAUCAACAAUAACAUCCGGGCGUACCGUGAUGACAUCGACCUCCAGAACCUCAUAGACUUCACACAGGAAUAUUGGGAGUGUUGCGGCGCAUUCGGAGCGGACGACUGGAACCUCAACAUUUACUUCAACUGCACGGACACCAACCCCAGUCGGGAGAAAUGUGGCGUUCCCUUCUCCUGCUGCACCAAGGAUCCUGCGGAGGAUGUGAUAAACACGCAGUGUGGCUAUGACGUACGAGCCAAAACGGAUGCAGAGCAGAAGACCUACAUCCAUGUGAAAGGCUGUGUGCCACAGUUUGAGAAGUGGCUACAGGACAACCUGACAGUGGUGGCUGGGAUCUUCAUAGGAGUUGCACUGUUACAGAUAUUUGGAAUAUGUUUGGCACAAAACUUAGUGAGUGACAUUGAAGCUGUGAGAGCAAGCUGUUUGUUUACCUGAUGUCACGGUUUACCUGUCUUCACCCAGGAAUGCACAGGUCUCUUCAGCAUGGCUACGCCAUUCUCGGCGCAUCAGAAAAUGCUCAAAGCCUGCUACCACUGGGAAAGAUUCCUGAGAGUACCUGCACCAUGGUGACCUGCACAUUCUGAUCCUUUUUAAAGAUGGGUUUAGGGUUGCAAAUUUCCAGUAACUUUCCCAAAAUUCCCAGGUUUUCCAGAAAUCCCAGUUGGCAGUUUUCUGGAAAACCUGGGAAUUUUGGGAAAAUGACCCUGUUUUGCAUCUCCAUUGUUCCAUGGGAUUCCAUCCAUGUGACAAACACUUUGUGUAGAAAUGUACAGAAAAUAAUGACCCCAAAAAACUUUGGGGAAAGUUGUUUGUAAAUGCACUGCAUGCCUGUCCCACAUAGGGUGGCCACAUUUAAAACACCCAAAUGCGAGACUACAGGAUGAUAUUGCGGGACAGUGUAGCCUACGUGAAUAAAAACAUUUGGCAGCCCCCCCCCCCCCCACAGGAAUUUAGACUGAAAGGAUUUUUACAAAUGUGAUUGGUUGAUGAUAUGACAUUGCCUACGUCUCGUCUGGCGCUGUGCAAAAUAUCAGAUCUCAACAACAAUUGGAGAAGUGUUUAACAUCACCAGUAUUCUUAGACUACCACAUCCUAAUGAUAUAUCUUUUUUUUCAUAAGCGCAUAUUAGUGGUGCUUGAAUUUGUUGAUAAAAUGCGGGACAUGAUUGUUUCGUUGCAGGACGCGAUACAAAGGGGGAAAAAUGUGGGACUGUCACAUGAUCCGGGACAUGUGGUCAACAUACUGGUCACAGUAGCAUGGAUUCUGGUUUUGUUUCAUUAGAAUGUGCAAAAGUUCUCUUAUUGACACAAGUAUUUUUAACAGUAAAAUAGUAGCUGUAUUUGUGGUGACACUGUGAGCUUAGGAAAGAGAGUAAUGGUGCUAGAGGGCAAAUGUACAGUAGUAGUCACAGCCUUUAAGUCACGUUUCCUUUGAACUGCUGAAGCAUUGUCAGUUCAAGCAUUUUUGUUGCACAAAUGAGCAUUCGUUAUAUCCCAUGCCAUCUCUACCACCUGGUGAAAUACAUACAGGUAUUUCAGAUACUUUCAAAUACUUGAGGUGUGCUUGAUUUAGCAUGUUUGCACUUUUGGGACAAGUCUCUUGGUUCCAUUUUAACAGGCAAACUAAAUCAAGCACACUUAAAGGUCCAAUGCAGCUGUUUUUAUCUCAAUAUCACAUACUUUUUGGAUAACAAUUAGGUACCUUACUGUGAUUGUUUUCAAUUCAAAUGGUUGAAAAUAAACUAAAAUAUCUUCUUGGCCUCCCGAGUGGCGCUGUGGUCUAAGGGUCUCCUACGACCGGGAGACCCAUGGGGCAGCGCACAAUUGGUCCAGCAUCACGUGAGGGGGAGGUUUGGCCGGCAGGGAUAUCCUUGUCCCAUCGCGCUCUAGCGACUCCUGUGGCGGGCUGGGCACAUGCACGCUGACACGGUCGGCAGGUGUAGUACAGUGUUUCCUCUGACACAUUGGUGUGGCUGGCUUCCGGGUUAAGCGGGCAUUGUGUCAAGAAGCAGUGAGGCUUGGUUGGGUUGUGUUUCGGAGGACGCACGGCUCUCGACCUUCGCCUCUCCCGACUCCCUAUGGGAGUUGCAGUGAUGAGACAAGACUAACUACCAAUUGGAUCCCACGAAAUUGGGCAGAAAAAAGGGAUAAAAAAAGUAUAAUAAUCGUUUCAAUCUCUUCUUAGCAAAGAGCAAUUUCUCUAGGACUGUAAGUGGUCUGAGUUAGGAGGGGCAAAACUGAAAAUUAGCUGAUAUUGGCAGAGAAGUUUGGAAAUUUUUCUUAUUGGGCGGCAGGUAGCCUAGUGGUUAGAGCAUUGGACUUGUAACCCAAAGGUUGCUGGUUCGAAUCCCUGAGCUGAUGAGGUAAAAAUCUGUUGUUCUGCCCCUGAACAAAGCAGUUAACCCACUGUCCCUAGGCCGUCAUUGAAAAUAAGAAUUUGUUCAUAACUGACUUGCCCAGUUAAAUAAAGGUAAAAAUAUAUAUUUUUUUUGUCUAUUUACUAAUUUACAGCAUGGUGGUGUCAACAGUGAAGGGUAAAACUACAUCCACCAAAACAGGAUGACAUUUCAGGUGGUAUUUUCAAACAGCUCUGACACUAAAAUAAUGUUAUCAUGUUCACAGUAUUAUUCCAACCUCAGCGUGGAAAUACACUUAAAACAUAGGAAAAUCACAUUUUUGACUGCACUGGGUGUUUUAAGUAUCAAUGUAUUUUGUCUGAUCUCUGCACACUCUACAUACAGGUUUUUAAUGGUUAAAACACACUUUCAGUUCAUGUCCACUAUGGUGGUCUUCUGUUUUCAAUACCUCAAAGUGAAUAGUGUCAAUCUUUAGGAAUCCCUGCUACUCCUUAUUCAAUUUUGUUCUGAGGGCUGAAUGUGAUUGGUUGGAUGAAAGCGAAACUACCAUUAGUGGGACAUUACAACGGCCAGAGUGAAAAGAAAACUCAGUUGCUGUCAUAUUUGUAGGUGGUGGAUUGUGUAGCACUUGGGUUACCAUGCUGAAGGUCCCUGGUUCAAAUCCCUGUGUGGUUUCAGUUUUCUAGCUCAACUAUCAGUGGGCGGGGCAUUCAAGGACCAGUGAGAGUGAAAUAAAGAUAAGACCAAGUGGGAGGUUUGAUUGGUUUUGACAAGAUGGGAUACCACUUUUGUCAGAUUUGACUUUUCAUAGCAGGUUAGAAGAAUUAGGAUAAGGGUUAGAUAAAAAUGCCCCAAAAAUUAACUGACUUAAUUUAACAAACGCUUAUAGCCAUGACCAAGGUGGAUGGACUUUUAACCAAGUUAACCAAUCACAGCCAGGACCAGUGACAGGUGAGUUAAAUCAAAUAAAUCCUGUUAGGGAGGUAGGAGGGCAUGAAACAUGGGUUGUGAGACACAAGGUCCCUGGUUUGAACCUUUCUAUAGUUGACCUUUAACAUUUUAUUUUGACUGUUUAGAGUGAAAAGACAAACGUUAGGCUGGUGGGUGGUGUCCUGGGUGGCUUUGGGCAUAACACAAGGGUUGCCAUUCAGUGGUUUCUUCACUUGAUUCCCAGUAUGGCCUUUAAUGUGACUUUUAUGAACUUGAACAAUCUCACUCUUUUCUGCCCUCAGAACAAGUUACUGUUUUUCUUUCAUUUCCAUGAAAUAAAUCAUUUUCUUUGUUGACCUGAUGACUUUGUUAAUAAUGUUAAUUGUUAAUAAAGAAGGGACAUGAAAGUGA